UACUUCUGCUCCUGCUCCUACUUUUGCUCCUGCUCCUACUUUUGCUCCUGCUCCUACUCUCGCCUCUGCUCCUGCUCCUGCUCUUGCUUCUGCCCCUGCCCCUGCAAUAUCAUCUCCAGCCGUGGCUUCGAUUUCCUCCCCGGCUCUAGUUCCGCCCAAGGUGGCCCCAAAGAUUCCUCCGAGAAUCUUGAAUACUCCACAGCAUUUCACAUCACACGCUGUUGCUCAAGAUCAAGCAGGCAAAGGUGACCCACAACUUCAAAUGCCCAAACAAACGUCGCAGUAUUCAUCCUCUCGGUACCUGGGGCCUUCGCAUACUUUUCCCCCAACAACAACACCUGAACCAACCCCACAGCGACGUAGCAAUAAGUCUUCUCCUCUACCCGCUGCAUAUACGCCCACUCCGGUCAUGCCCCCUCCCCUCUCUCCUAUGGCAAUAGAUUCACCUUGGGACGACGACGACGACUUCCCGCUGGACACACCACCACCACCACCACCACCUCCAGUGAUAAACAGAUCCGUGCCACGCAAACCAGUUCAGGAGAAGGCAUCUUCACAGUUGCAGGAACACAAGAAACAAUCACAAGAGCCGAAGCACCCGGCGCAAAAACAGAGUACACCCAAGAUACAGAAGCAGGCGUCAUCGUCUGAGGAAGACCAACAAAAUAGUCCUCAAGGCCAGCCAAUGUCAUCGCCAUCGAUUGCUGCCCCAGCGCCGGUGGCUAUGGUUAGAUAUCCGCCUUUACCGCCUUCUAUUUUGUACAGCGACGAUCAAAUCACUAUCAGCUCACUGCAUUUGACGAUCCAUGCGUUCUAUUUCCCUCUGAAUACACCUGUGACGAUUCCUUUGCUUUCGAUCACAGAAGUCGAAACGAUAACCUCGGAUACUGGCGGCGGAGGAAAUUCUGGUGGCGUGGCAGGGUGGCUCAAGUAUAAAAAUUGGGGUAUGGCUGCGCUGACAGAUAUUUGGUGGGCUAGAGAUCCAAGAAGAACGGCUACCGGGGCUUUUACAUCCGCAUCCGACUCAUCAUCUCGGUCGGGAGAUAAGGAAAACACGCCGCCGCCGGUGCAUGUGGUAGUCACGGUUAAGGGAGAAUGGUUGCGCAAGGGAUUCGGAGUCCAGCACGAGCGCGGAGUCAAGGUCCUGCAGGACGCGUGGAAGAACAUCAAGGAGAGCGAGGUUGGCCUUAAACCCCUGCGACCGUCUGCGGUGGCGUCAGAUGAAGACGACGGCUUGGCUAUUGAUAAACCGGGAUGCGAUAGCACGAAUGGAGGCUCCGAAAAGCGGCGAUGGAUGGGCCAGCAGAACACAUGGACUGCAUAUCCAUUCGCGGAUGGCUCUCCACAGUUUAUUGCACAGCAGCAGCGACGUGGUGGAUCUUCGAUCUUAUCGUCUAAGGCGCCGCGAUACCACCAGCCUCAGCGAGCAAAGACGGCCACCACCGCUGCGAUGCAUCUUGGAGAGGAGGAAAGCUGUGGUGAUGAGCCGUUAUUUAUUGACAAUGAUGGAAACAUCCACGAGCAAAUCUAAAUCUUUUACACUUUCGUUUUUUAUUUUUAUUUUUAUUUUUUUCAUUCAUCAGUAUAUUAUUGUUGACAUUCUCAGAGGCCAACUUGGAUAGUUGCAAUGCCGUGU